AUGCCUAUUUCACAACGUCUAUGGGUUGAUAAUUCAAUAGAUUUUAUAUUAAGUCCGCCACGACCACAGAGGAGCUGAGUCUAUUUUUGUGGCUGUUGAUAGAUUUUGUGGCACACUUUAUUAUAUAUAAGAAAACAAGUGAUGCAAGUCAAGUAGUCAAUCACUUUUUUAAAGAAACUGCUUGUCUACAUAGAAUUCCUUAGUCAAUUAACUCUGAUAGAGAUUCUAGGUUUAUAUCUCACUUUUGACAAUCUUUUUGGAAGAGGUUUGACACAUUUCUGAAAUUCAGGACUACUACUCACCCACAAAUUGAUGACCAAACUGAAGUUCUAAAUAGAACUCUGGGCAAUUUGAUUCAUUGUAUUUCAGGAGAAAAGCUAAAACAAUGAGAUUAUGCUUUGGCACAAACAAAAUUUACAUAUAAUUCGAUGAUUAAUCAUUCGACUAAUCAAUCUCUUUUUUCAGUGGUAUAUUAUUUUCGUCCAAGAAUUAUAUUAAAUUUAUUACAAGUACCAAGAUCAGUUGGAACUAAUAGUGCUGUAAAUAAUGUGAUAGAUCAUAUCAAAACACUUAAAAAGUGUGAUACACAAUCUCACAAUUAAUUCUUAGAAAAUAUAAAGCAGCAGCAGAUAAGAAAAGAAGAUAUUUGAAGUUGGAGACAGAGUGAUGGUGUACCUUUGUAAAGAAUGAUUUCCAGCAGGUAGGUAAAAUAAGUUGAAGCUGAAGAAAUAUAGAUCAUAUCAAGUUCUACAGAAGAUCAAUGACAAUGCAUACCUCAUUGAGCUCUUACCAAAUAUGAGUAUUUCACCCACAUUCAAUAUUAGUGAUAUAUAUGAGUACUACAAUGAUUCAAAUGAAGACUCGAUGAUGACUUUUCUUGAAGGAGGAAAUAUUGAUGUAGCCGAAGAUACAAGUUGAAGUGUCAACUUUUAAUUUAGGCUCACUUAUCUUGAAUUUGGGUAAUAAAGUGAAAGUUGCAAGAAAAUGAGCCCACAUAUGUCACCAAUAAGCUGGAGGUUUGAAUUUUGGCCCACUUUAUGUCCUCUCACUUCUAGAAGGUACUUUAUGUCUCAUUCCUUUUAGAAGAGACUUUAAUGUGAUUCAGUCUGUAUCUAAGAUCUAUUCAGGAUUUCUAAUUGUUAGAUUCUGUAUCUAAGAUCUGCUCAGGGUCUCUCACUGUCAGAGUCUGCUUUAAGUCAUGUCAGAGUUUUUUAAAAAGAUUUAUCUAAGAUCUCAGUCUGUUAGAGUCUACUUUAAAUCAUUUCAGAGUUAGUCAAACUCUGUCCCUAAGAUCUGUCAGGAUCCUUUUUUUGGGGGCGCCCAACCUCUUUUCUAAGCCUAUAUAAAGGCCCUCAUUGUAACAUGUGGUACUCACUUCUUGCUGUGAGAACCUCUCCUUCUUGCUUGUGGAUUCAGGCACCCCCUUGUGGAUUUAAGGGUUGAAGACUCUGAAUCUGUGAAUUUAAAUGCAGUCAAUAUUGCAGUCAACCUCUCCUUCCCCAAGAUUGGAGCUUUGUGGAUUUAAGCCCAUAUCUUGUUUAUCUUCCGUGUUACUAUUGUGUCAAUAUUUGGGAAUACUACUUGAUUCAAUGAAAAUUUAUUUUAUUUAUUGACGAUCAAACUUUGAAAUCAGUCAAUAGUCAGACCACUAUCAACAGAAUGUAUGUUAGAUGGAUUUCAUUUAUUUAAAAGUUUUCUUUUAUGAUAAAGCACAAAUUAGAAAAAUGAAACAAAGUGGUUGAUGCACUAAGUCAAAAAUCAGUAUUUCUGAUUACGAUGAGAGGAGAAGUUAAUGGUUUUGAAUAUUGACAGAACUCUAUGCAAGAGAUGAAGAUUUUUUUGAAUAUUAUCUGUGUAAACAAGGCAAACCAUCUAAACAAGUUGACUUAUUUAUAAAUAUUAGGUUUGUCAAACCUACAAGAAAGAAAGUCAAAAUACUGGACUAUACACUCCAUUGCUUAUUCCACAAUAUCCAUGGGCUGAUAUUUUAUUGAAUUUUAUAUUAGGUCUGUUGCGAACAUAGAGAGUAGCUGACUUAGUUUUUGUGGUUGUUGAUAGAUUUUCAAAAAUAGUAAACUUCAUUGCAUGUAAAAAGAUAAAUGAUGCAAGUCAAGUAGUCCUUUCUAGCGAACUCUUUAGAAGAGGUUUGACACAUUUUUGAAAUUCAGUAGUACUAGUCACCCACAAACUGAUGGCCAAACUGAAGUUGUGAAUAAAACUCUAGGCAUAUUAAUUCAUUAUAUUUCUGGAGAAAAACUAAAUUAAUAGGAUUAUGCUUUGGCACAAGUGGAGUUUGCAUAUAACUUGAUAAUUAAUCCUUACCACAGUGUGUAACGUCAACACCAAACUGCCAUGAUCUGACUAAUAUCAUGUGACAAGUAUGCAUGUCAACAACCUUAUAUUACACGUCAUCAUAAUAAGUCUUACGAAUUGAAAUUUUGAUUAGAUAGGUCUCUGAAACUUUAGUUUCUAGUUCAUUCUUGAUCCAACCAAUUCAAUAUAGAUGAGGGUGUGGGCUUGUCUACAUUAGACAAACUCUGACAGAUUGAGAUCUUAGACAGAUCCUUUAAAAAUACUAUGACUAACUCUGAAAUGACCUAAAUCAGAUUCUGACAGUCAGAGAUCUUGAGCAGAUCUUAGGUAUAGACUCUAAUAGUCAAAGAUCCUAAAGAGAUCUUAGGUACAAACUGUACCACAUUAAAGUCUCUUCUAGAAGGAAUGAGACAUAAAAUACAUUCGAGAAGUAAAAUGACAUAAAGUGGGCCCAAAUGCAGACCUCCAGCUCACUAGUGACAUAUGUGAGCUCAUUUUCUUGCACUUUUCACUUUAUGGCCCAAAUUCAUGAUAAAUGGGCCUAAAUUCGAAGUUGACAUUUCAACUUGUGUCUUGGGCUACAUCAGAUCCUCACUUUUUAGUUGAAUCAGUUUUCUCUAUUGUGAGAAUCUUUUCCUCUUGCUUGUGGACUCAGGUACCCCCUUAUAGAUUCACAGGUUGAAGACUCUGAAUCUGUGGAUUCAGAGGCAGGUUUCUUUCUUAAGAUUAGAGCUUUGUAG